AUGGCGUCAACUGAUAAUGACGUUGCCCAUGAGUUCAGAUUCUUCAGGGUUUACAAAGAUGGCCGGAUCCACAUGUUCAGGCCAACUUGGGAAACAAUCCCACCACUUGAUGACUCUGUAACUGGACUCAAAUCCAAAGACGUAACCAUCUCCACUGAUCCUCCAGUAUCUGCUCGUAUUUUCUUGCCAAAACUACAAAACUCUGAUCAGAAACUCCCUCUCUUGUUUUACAUCCAUGGCGGUGGGUUUUCGAUGUUGUCUGCGUUUUCCCCUCAAUACCACAACUAUUGCUCUGCUUUGUCUAAUGAGGCUAAUGUUCUUGUCGUCUCUAUUGAAUAUGGUCUCUUCCCGACCCGACCCAUACCCGCUUGCUAUGAAGAUUCCUGGGCAGCACUCCAGUGGGUGGCGUCUCAUGUUAAUCGAAAUGGACCUGAGCAGUGGUUGAAUGAUUACGUUGAUUUUGAGAAAGUUUUUAUAGGUGGAGAUAGCGCAGGAGGUAACAUAUCCCAUACUUUAGCUUUCCGGAUCGGGUCAAUCGGGUUACCGGAUGGAGUUAAUGUGGUUGGGGUGAUCUUAGUGCAUCCAUAUUUUGGCGGUACUGAAGAUGAUCAUAUGUGGCUUUACAUGUGUCAAGAUAAUAAGGGAUUGGAUGAUCCUAGAAUGAACCCGCCUGUAGAGGAUAUUGCUAAGCUUGGAUGUGAAAAGUUGUUGAUUUUUGUAGCAGAGAAAGACCAUUUGAAUACUGUGGGCAAGAAUUAUUAUGAGAAGUUGCAGAAAAGUGGAUGGAAAGGAAGCUGUGAACUUGUUGAGAAUGAAAAAGAAGAACAUUGCUUUCAUUUGCAUAAUCCUAACCAUGACAAGGCUUUGGAGUUGAAAAGAAAGUUUGUUUCCUUCCUAAAACAAGAGUAA